AUGUCAUCAUUAAAUUAUCAUGAACAAACCAAUAAUCUUGGGUUAUUUUACUAUAUGUCAGACCCUUUUGAACAAGAUUUCAGUGGCCUUGAGGUAUCAAAUAAUCUUGAGCAAAAUCAAGGCUUUAGAGUCGAUUUGCCAUUAGUAAUUCGUAACCAUCAAGCCAUUAAUUCUAAAAAUAAAAGAGGUAAUUUGCUAUUAGUGGAUUAUAAUAGCCAAAGUUUUAGUUCAGAAAAUGAGACAGAUUUACAAAAUUCUUUAAGUAAUGAUGAGUCAAAUGAAAGCUUCACACUAUUGAUUAAAAAAAUAGUUGAUAUUAAUAAGCAAUGUGAAUGGUCUUCUGCAACAAUAAACUGUCAAUGGCAUAUUAAUUUUAACAACCACAAGGGAACUACUAAGAUUGUUUGUACUUCAUUUGUUGAUAGCCAUAACCAUGAAUUAAAUUCCUUAAUUACUCAAAUGGCACCAUGUUUUCGUAAAUUAACAAAGGAGAUGAUUAAAGAUAUAGAAUUUUACACCUAUUCUACAGAGGUUGUUAACAAUUUUACUUGCUCACGUAUUGUUGCACAGGUGCUGUUAAAAGACAAAACACAAGCUUCUUUUGAAUGGGUUUUAGAACAAUUAAAUAUUGCAACUAAUGAAAUUACUUCAAAGACUAUCUAUUCAAAUGCUGAUCCGGCUAUGGACACAGCUUUACAAAACAUAUGGCCACAUACACAUCAUUCUCAUUGCAUAUUUCACAUGAACAACAAUUUUAUUAAAAAAAUUAAGCCAUCAUGGGUUAACAAUUCGAUGAAUAUUAUAGACUUUUUUGUCGUUCUCGGAAUAAAUUGGUUAAAUGAAGAAGCAAAUUAUGCACGUAUAAAUGAACAAAAAAAUACCAACCCUACUAUUGGAUUGCCCCAUGUUAUGAAUAAAUAUUUUUCUACUAUCGAUUCUUUAAUUCAGGAAUAUUUAACUUUACAUAAUAAAAGUUUUCCAGAACCAGAUAAUAUUAUAGAGUACAGCAGAUGGUACAAAAAUAAUAUAAGUGAAGAUGAAAAUCUUAUUGCUUUACUCCUAUCUAUUAGAUUAUGCGAAUCUAACCAAAAUUUAUUACCUGAAAAUAAUAACUGUACGAUUAAUUUCAGGUAUCUAGCACAAUUUCGUGUUAGUAAUGUAUUCACUCCUGUUUUGAAAAAGUCUGUCAAUGAGAAAAACUGUUGGUCCAAAGGAUAUGGAAGAUCCAAGAAAGCAUUAAAUUUAAUGAUACGACUUAAUUGUGAUAAUGAGUUUCUUCAAAUAAUAGAAGGGUUCAUUUUAGCAAAAACACGUAAGCUACAACAGAUAGAAGAUAAGCAAGCUAUCGAAGAAGAAGAAUUUGAUGAAAACAUGAUUGAAGAACAAGUUAAAGUUGCAAACCUAUUUGUAACCAAACGUUGGGGUCGGCCACCAAAAAGAUUCAAGGAUGCACUUGAAAAUAUUACUAAUUCUCAAAAUUUACAAAACUUCAAAUCAGCACUGACUAACAACGAACCUAAAAAAAGAAAAAACAAGUGUGCUAAUUGUGGGAAUUAUGGGUAUAAUGUUAGGACUUGUCCGACGUAG